AUGUACAAUCCUUAUCAACCUCCCGGCCUCUAUGGCAGACCGGAUUUCGGGGGUUACGGUGCGCCACCUGGCAUGGCUCCCCCUCCCGGAAUGGCCCCUCCGGGCAUGGCACCCCCUCCCGGUAUUGCUGCUCCUCCGGGGAUGCAGCAAGCGAACGCCGCGCAACCCGGCCGAGCCCCAGGCUUUCCUCCGAACUUCCAACCGCCCCCCAACAUGCCAAACAUCAACUUUACAGCUCCCGUCAUUCGUCUAGGAACCUCCGGUCCUGCGAAACCAGUUGCCCCCGAGACAACCAACCAACGCGGAGGUGAAGCACAGGGUAGACGUGCCGGGCUGGGUUCUACGGGUCCGGACAACCAGCGUCAGAACAUUCGGGAUGCGAUGAUGCAGCUACAGCCGCCGACGAAGGAGGAGAUUGUCAGGACAAUCUUCAUCGGAGGAAUUACUGAGGGUAUUGGGGGCGAUGAGGGCAUUGAGAGGAUCCUAGCAACUGCGGGAAAUCUCAGACGGUGGAUUCGCGCCACGGAUGCAGAUGAGAAGCCAUGCAAGUUUGGAUUCGCCGAGUACGAAGACCCUGAAAGCUUAGGUACUGCUGUGGAAGUGCUAAAGGACGUGGAAGUACCUGUGAAACGACAGACACCGUCCGAGGGGGCUGAGGACAAAGAGGUGGAAAAGAGCACACUAUUGGUCCUCGUGGACGAGAGCUCUGUGAAAUAUUUGGAGCAAUACGAAGCCAGCAAAGGCGAACAAGACCCUGCGGAGCGUGAUUCUCGCAUCGAAGCAGCGCGUAAUGCCCUCUCUGGUAUCCUUUCCGAACUAUUCAAGCCUACAUCGCCUACUCAAAAAGAAGAGGCUUCUGCUAUUGAUCGGGAAGGAGAUACAUCGAUGAAGGAUGCUGAGGGCCAGGAUGGCGCGUCUGCCGAAGUCGUUACGAUCCCCAUCACCGUCGAAGAUGAGCUUUCCGACAUCCCCGCUGAGAUGCGGGAGACCGUCGCCAAGGAAAUUUCGGCAUUUCGUGAGCGGAGCAAUCGCAGAGACAUUGAACGUUUGAAGCGGGAAGAGGAGAUUGAAUCUAUGGAAAGGGCAAGGAAUGCCGGAGCGCGCGCCAGCAGAUUGUCGUCUCCUCCACUUGCUGCCCCUAGUGGGCCUGCAGGUGGAGUCAAUGGCGUGCCGCUUGGACCUCGGGAUAACCGUUCAGCUGCACCUCCUCCCUCGGGGCCGAAGGGCUUCGGCGUACAGAUUCCUAGGGACUACCAAAAUGGUGUGUCUUUUGUCAAUGGAGAAGAUGACGACCCCAAUGUCAGUGAUGAAGAACUGGAACGCCGCCGCCAAGAGAAGGAAGAGUCAGAACUUGAAAAGCAAUAUCUAGAUCAAGAGCGUCGCUGGUUGAACCGUGAACGCAGUAGGACAGCGGCUCUGGAGCGUGAGAAGAAACGUGACAAGGAAGAAGAACUUAAAGUCCAAGAUGCGCGUGACGAUGCGGAUAGACGGCUACGGGAGUGGAACGACGACGUGGAAGCUAGCAGAAAAGUGGAUGACUACUACGCUGAUCGGGGUGCAUGGCUCAGAAGUCGGGCAGCUUAUCGAUCCCGUGAAGUCAACAUGGAUGACGCAGACCGUUCUGCUGAAGAGCGAGAACGGGCUCGGUCCAUCCAGCAGCAGGAGCAGGCCCGUGGUAUGGCAGACGACUUCCUCGCUCGCCAGGCAGAGGAACUGGAAACUCGUCAGGCACCCCGGGAACCACAGCGCUUCAAGCUUUCACUUGGUGCUGCUGCUCAGAAGGCUCAGGCGGCAACCAGCCGGCGGACAGUCGCGGAAGUGGAAGGCUUGCUGGAAGACGAAGAAGAGCCCGAGGCAACUGCACGGCGCCCUCUUAUCCCCAUAAAGUUCGACAGUGCCGCCGAAGCUGCAGGGCUCACAGAGGAAGAACGCGCCCAGGCGGUGCGACAACUCGCUGCAGAUAUCCCAGCGGACAAGGAAGGAUUAUGGAAAUGGGACGUCAAGUGGGAGUUUGUGGACGAGACUGUUCUCACCGAUCAGCUCAAGCCGUUUGUUGAAAAGAAGAUCGUCGAGUAUCUGGGAGUGCAGGAGCAAAUGCUGGUCGAUGUGGUGGAAGAGCAUAUUCGCAAGCGUGGACCUCCUCAGGAGUUGGUAGAGCAAUUGGAAGAGGCCCUCGACGAAGAAGCAGAAGUGCUUGUCCGGAAAUUAUGGCGUAUGGUGAUUUUCUUCUCCGAGAGCGAGAAGAGAGGUCUAUCCACAUAA